AUACAUAUAUAUAGAGAGAGAGAGACUGUACUAUGAGGGAAGAUUCACUCCAUCCAAUGAAAAACACCAUGUGGAAGAGCUAAAUGCAUUUAGCUUCAGGCAUCCCAAUUUCCCAAAUCCUAAGGACUUCAUAGCAAAGACUUUCCCACCAUGUGGAAGCUCUAAAAACACCAUGUGGAAACAUUAACCAAGCCUUUCCUUCAUGGGUCAUGCCCAAACUUGCUUAUUUCUACUACAGACUUCACCAAAUGCCAUAGUGUUCUGCUUCUACUGCUGUUUCAUGGGGGUCUGUUAAAAUUCUCCACAUUUCUUUCAAAAACUGUCAUAAUCUGACUUCUUUCUCUUGUUGGGGUUUUUUUUUUCUUCUUCUGAGUUAUCUUGUUUAACAACCCUUGUCUACUUCUUGUUUGAUCUCUCUUGUAAAGUCUCAUUUUUGCACAUACUCUCUCUUUCACUUCAAUAAAUAUUCACAAGGACAGUAUGGGAUGGUGGUCUAGCUUGUUUGUCCAACUCUGUGUUUCAUGGACUUUCUUUUUCUUGGGUACCCAUCAAUUACAAUCCUCACAUUCACAAGUACUUCUUCAGCUAAAGAAGCAAUUGGAGUACCCAAAGCAAUUGGAGAUUUGGCAAAACAGAAGCACAGAUUUCUGCAGCUUGUCAACACUACAAGUGAACAUCACAUGCCAGGACAACUUUGUCACUGAGCUCAGAAUAGUGGGUGAUAAGACAGCCAAGGUAAGCAACUUUAAUGGCUUUGCAGUUCCAUAUCAAACUCUGUCACAGAACUUCUCUAUGGAUUCUUUUGUAACUACCUUAGCCAGGCUUACAAGCUUGAGAGUUGUUAGUCUGGUGUCUAUGGGCAUUUGGGGUCCACUUCCAGACAAAAUCCAUAGAUUGUAUUCACUCGAGUAUUUGGAUUUGAGCGCAAACUAUCUGUUUGGUUUAAUUCCUCUUAAGAUAUCUAGAAUGGUGAUGCUUCAAACUGUUAUACUGGAUGGCAAUUUCUUCAAUGGUACAAUCCCUGAUUCCUUGAACUCAUUGUCAAAUCUGACAAAUUUGAGCUUGCGGAACAACAGGUUGAUUGGGCCAUUACCAUCUUCAAUACAGAGAAUUGCCACUCUGACUGAUCUUGCUCUGUCAAACAAUGAAAUCUCUGGCAAGUUACCAGAUCUAAGUAGCUUAACUAGCCUACAUGUGUUGGAUUUGAGUGGUAACAAGUUAGAUUCUGAACUACCCAGUAUGCCCAAAGGUCUAGUCAUGGCAUUCCUCAGCAACAACUCCUUCUCUGGCACAAUCCCGCGGAAAUAUAGCCAAUUGAAUCAGCUUCAACACCUUGAUCUGUCUUUCAAUUCUCUUAGAGGGACACCUCCAGCUGAACUUUUCUCAUUGCCCAACAUCAGCUAUUUAAAUUUGGGAUCAAAUAUGUUGAGUGGAUCGCUUCCAAUCCAUUUGAGCUGUGGCAGUGAACUUGGCUUAGUUGAUGUAUCUAAUAACAGGCUAAGGGGUUGGUUGCCUUCUUGUUUGAGCAGUGAAUCAGAUAAAAGAGUAGUCAAGUAUGGUGGAAAUUGCUUGUCGAUUGAUACAAGCCAUCAGAAUCCCGAGUCAUAUUGUGUGGAAGAAGCUGACAUGAAGAUGAAAGAAUCUGGAGGAAAGAAUUUAGGGAUAUUAGUCAGCAUCAUUGGAGGAGUAGCUGUUGUUAUAGUGCUUCUGGCUUUCGGAUUUAUUGUUCUGUGUAGAAGAUAUUACGCUCGAGGGACAUCAGAACAACAUUUAUUGCACAAGUCAGUACAAGAUAACUCAGUCACAGGGUUCUCCUCUGAGCUCCUAACCAAUGCAAGGUAUAUUGCUGAAGCAACAAAGUUAGGCACACAAGGUGUCCCAGUCCAUCAGUCUUUCUCUUUAGAAGAGUUAAAGGCCGCUACGAAAGACUUCAAUAAUUCUACUUUCAUGGGUGAAGGUUCAUAUGGGAAGCUUUAUAAAGGAAGACUAGAGAAUGGGACCCUAGUAGCCAUAAGGUGCCUGAUUGUGUCAAAGAAAUAUACAAUCCGGAAUCUUAAACUCAGGUUGGAUUUGCUUGCAAAGCUUCGGCACCAUCAUCUGGUUUGCCUUUUGGGGCACUGUAUUCAUGGUGGCGGACGAGAUGAUGUUAUUGGAAACAAAGUCUAUCUUGUAUAUGAGUAUGUGUCAAAUGGCAACUAUCAUACUCAUCUUACUGGAGAUGAUCCAGAAAAGGUUCUCAAAUGGUCAGAUAGAUUGACCAUUCUUAUUGGUGUUGCCAAGGCUGUGCACUUUCUACAUACUGGAAUUAUUCCUGGUUUCUUCAACAAUCGAUUGAAAGCAAGUAAUAUAUUGCUGACUGAGCAUCGGAUGGCAAAGCUCAGCGACUACGGAUUCUCCAUUAUAACAGAAGAAACUGACAAUUAUGAGGAAAACGAAGAAGGCCUUAAAUCAUGGCAAAUGAAAUGUCUUGAAGAUGAUGUUUACAGUUUUGGAUUCAUAUUACUCGAGUCACUGAUGGGGCCCUCUGUAUCUGCAAGAAGGGAGGCAAUUCUGCUAAAUGAAAUGGGCUCUUUCGGCAGCCAAGAUGGUCAGGCAAAGACAGUGGAUCCAAUUGUACUCACCACUAGUUCACAAGAAUCUAUAUCGAUUGUUCUCUCCAUAACAAACAAGUGCAUUUCUCCUGAUUCGUCAACUCGUCCAUCCUUUGAGGAUGUCCUUUGGAACUUGCAGUAUGCAGCUCAAGUCCAGGCAACAGCAGACGGUGACCAAAAAUCUGAGACAAUGUUACAUUCAUGAACUGAUUUGCUGUGGAGCAGUUUCAUUACACUGCCAUUUCAUCUCCAAUGUCACUGAAACAUUCUAUACAAUUUGGCAGGUAUAGCAUGCCUUAAGAGGCACUGUAAACACAAGAAUGUGCAAUGCUUAUCAUUACACAGUGUCACUGAAUUGUAAUAUAUGUGUUUAUGUAUGCAUUACUUACAGCUAAGUGCUAAGUAAAGAUCAAAGUGUCACUGGACAAAUUGGUACAUCUUGUUAAAUGAGAUUUUAUUCCACUCGACUUCA